AUGGGGACGUUCAACAGAUUACAUGGGUUGAGAGCACAAAGAUGUGAAAUAUAUUUCAGUAUCCCCAAAAGGACCAAUGUGACAGCUAUGGAGAGUGUGGUCCCAUUUGGUAUUUGUGACACAAAUGCUUCACCUGUGUGUAAAUGUGUGAGGGGAUUUCAGCCUAAGAAUUUGGAGGCUUGGAAUUUGGGAAAUGGGUUUGAUGGGUGUGUGAGAAAACGAGAACUGAAAUGCACGAAAGACAAGUUCUUGAGGUUGAGGAGUGUGAAAUUGCCUGAGAGUGGGGGUGCAUUUGUGGAUGGGGACAUGAGCCUUGAGGCAUGUAAAGAGAAGAGUUUGGAGAACUGUUCUUGCACUGCUUAUUGUAACAUGGUGAUUUCAAACGCAGGGAGAGGUUGCGUCAUGUGGUUUGGGGAGCUAAUGGACAUGAGGGUAUAUGCAGAUGGUGGCCAAGAUCUCUAUGUUCUAGGCGGGCGCUAG